GGCCAAAACGAUGUCAGACCGCGUUCUUCCGGUUCUUAGUCAUCGUCUGCCGUUGACUUUUGUUAUUCUUUUGCCAGCAAAGUUAAAAAGGGAAAAAAGAAGAAUCUUUUUUUGUUUCAGAAAUCUGUAAUUGAACCCUCAAAUUCUCUACAGAAAAUGGGCGUCUGAAUAUCUUUUUUCAGGUUGUAAUAUAUCAGUUAUCAAGCUUCAUUAAAUAUGCUGCCUCCACGCCCCAGUGGGUUGCCUCCGUCCUUAUUUCUUUCCUCUUCAGACACCAGAGCAUCAACUGGUAAUCAUGACCCUGGAAUGAAAUCUGAUCAGAAUCGUGAAUCGCCUGCUGAGAGUGCUAAUUCAAGAGAUACGUGGCCUGUAAUUGACGCUGCUACUCAAGUGAAGCUUGAGAAUCAGAAAGCUGAGGAUGGUUAUUAUGAACAGUCUGUGACUCACAGGCCUGCUAGUGCAAAUAAGGUUUCUCUUCUUGAUAUUGCUAGAGAACAAGUGGAUAUAAUAUCUGAAAAAAUGUAUUUGCUCCCCAAUGAGUAUUUAGAAGAGCUAAAAGGUAGGCUUCGAGGGAUGCUUGAAGGGAACGGUGGUCCUCAGCAAAGAGAUGAACUUUUGUUUUUACAGAGGCUUGUUCAGACUAGGUCUGAUUUGACUGCUAAUACAUUGAUUAAAGCUCAUCGAGUUCAGCUGGAAAUUCUUGUUGCUAUUAAUAGUGGAAUUCAGUUUUUCCUGCAUCAUAGUAUGAAUCUUUCUCAGACUUGCCUGAUUGAGGUUUUUGUGUACAAAAGAUGUCGGAAUAUAGCAUGCCAAAGCCAGUUGCCUGCGGAAGAUUGCCACUGUGAGAUAUGCACCAACCGAAAGGGAUUCUGCAGCCUUUGCAUGUGUGUAAUCUGUAACAAGUUUGAUUUUGAAGUGAAUACAUGUCGGUGGAUUGGUUGCGACUCCUGUGCUCAUUGGACUCAUACGGACUGCGCAAUUCGUGAUAAACAAAUUGGAACAGGUCCUUCUUCUGUGAAUGGGCUGGGGUCUGCUGAAAUGCAGUUCAGGUGUAGAGCAUGCAAUCGCACUUCUGAGCUUUUUGGUUGGGUGAAAGAUGUAUUCCAACAAUGUGCACCUACCUGGAAUGGGGAAUCAUUGAUAAGAGAACUAACUGUUGUAAGUAAGAUCUUUCGACUGAGUGAGAACACAAGAGGGAGGCAGCUGUUUUGGAAGUCUGAGGAGCUCAUAGAAAAACUAAAGGGUGGAGUGGCAGAGACAACAGCUUGCAGGAUUAUAUUAACUUUUCUCCAAGAGCUUGAGAUGGACUCAUCAAGGAGCUCUGAGGCUGGAAAUAAAGAAAGGAUGAUUCCACCGCAGGAGGCAUGCAACCGAAUUGCUGCAGUGGUACAAGAAGCAGUGCAGACAAUGGGAGUAGUGGCUGAUGAAAAAUUGAGGAUGCUAAAGAAAGCUCGCCAAGCUCUCGAGACAUGUGAUCAUGAACUGGAGGAAAAAGCUAAAGAAGUUUCAGAACUUAAACUGGAGAGGCAACGAAAAAGACUACAAAUUGAUGAAUUAGAGAGCAUUGCUAGGCUUAAAGAAGCAGAAGCAGAUAUGUUCCAGCUUAAGGCAGAUGAGGCAAGACGAGAAGCUGACAGGUUGCAGAGGAUUGCUCUUGCAAAAUCAGGGAAAUCAGAAGAAGAUUAUGCCAGUAGUUACCUUAAACAACGUCUUAGCGAGGCUGAAGCUGAGAAACAAUUCCUUUUCGAGAAGAUGAAACUUCAAGAUCAGAGUUCUCGUUCAUCACAAGGCAAUGACAUCGGUGACACUUCACAAGAACUUUACUCUAAAAUACAAGAGAUCCUAAAGAGUGUGUAGAAAUCCCAGUAAAGCCAGAGACAACCAGCCAAAUGAACAUCUUUGUAAGUUGCCUGAUCAUUGUUCAUGGUCUGUGUCAUUUUAACUUAAUACUUUAAAUAAUACAUUACCUAAAACCUUGUAUAAUUGAUUAAUUUUGCUUUUAUCGAUCGAAUUCAUCUCUGAAAUUAUCUAAAAGUACCAUUGUAUUGUUGAUUUGAUCAA